AUGCAACGUGCUCUCCUGACUGCUGAGGAACGUUUGUUGGAAAAAGCGGUGAAGGAAGAAUGCCCAUGGGAGAAUCUUCCCAGGCGACUUCAUUCAAUUGUGCCUUCAAAGGAAGAAUGGCACAAAAGGAUAAUCGAAUAUUGCAUAAAGAAGAGACUUCAAUGGAAAAAUUGUUUUGCUCGUAAAGUUUGUAAAGAAAAUGAAUAUUAUGAAGAUAUGAUGCGCUACUUGCAGAAGAAUCUAGCUCUAUUUCCUUAUCAUCUGGCGGACUAUGUAUGCCGUGUAAUGAGAGUAUCACCUUUCAGAUAUUACAUUGAUAUGAUUUUUGAAGUAAUGAAAAAUGAGCAACCUUAUGACCGCAUCCCGAAUUUUAGUGCUGCAGAUGCUUUAAGGCUAACAGGAAUUGGGAGAAAUGAAUUUAUUGAUAUAAUGAACAAGUGCAGGUCUAAGAAAAUAAUGUGGAAACUGAACAAGUCGAUAGCAAAAGAACUUUUGCCUACUCAACCUGUGGAUUUUCCUAUUGAACCGUGGUGGGGAGUUUGUCUUGUGAACCUUACCUUGGAGGAAUUUAAGAAACUCUCAAAGGAGGAAAUGGCCGCAAUAGACAAAGUCUGUUUGGAUGAUGGAAAUUCAUUUGUCUCGUUUGACCCUGACGUUAUAAGAGGUCUAUCCAAACGGGGAUUAAUAUAUUUUGAUGUUCCUGUUUAUCCUGAGGACCGGUUUAAAGUUUCAAGACUUGAAGGUUUUGUUUCCAACAGGGAGCAAUCUUAUGAAGAUCCUAUUGAAGAGUUGUUGUAUGCAGUUUUUGUAGUGUCAAAUGAAAAUGUGACAGUUAGGGAGUUGGCAACAACCCUACAGGCUGACUUGUCACAGCUGCAGGCUGCUGGUGCUUUUGUGUGUAGAUUGGGGUGGGCAACAAAAGUUCUUGAUCCAGAAUCUAUUAUUGGAGAUUCAACCAUACUUGCAUCUCCUAUUAGUACACUUGGUGACGAAGAUGCUUCUGCUGGUAGUCAAAGUUAUGAGAAUACGCUCUUCGAGAAUGACUCCAUUCAACAAGGGGAUACCUCAACUUCAGGGAACCAUGCACCUCGUUCUUCCUACACUCGUGUUGCUUUCAUAGUUGAUGCUAAUAUUACAUCCUAUCUUAUGAUGGGAUCUGUUUCACCAGGCCUGAAAUCCCAUGCUGUUACACUUUAUGAAGCGGGAAAAUUGGGUCAUGCGAGCAUUGCUGAUCUUUGUAAGGAUCUUAGUACCCUGGAGGGUGCAACAUAUGAGGGAGAAUUACAGGAGUUUGCAAAUCAUUUAUUUAGUCUGCGUUGUGUCUUAGAAUGUCUUCAAUCAGGUGGAAUAGCUACCAAUGAAAAAGAAGAGGAAGGUUCUGAUAACCUGAACAUGAUUACCUCAAGCAAUGAUGGGCCAAGUUCUGUGAUAGCUGGAAUUUCUUUGGAUGAAAAAUCAGGAGAGUCUAGUGUUUUAGAAACUGUGAUGAGUAAUCAGGAUCUAAUAAAUUCUGUUUCAGAGAAGUUCGCGGAGGCUUCAAAGUACAGUGAACGUGUUCCAAGUACCAGUGGUGGGAUGGACGAUGAAACUCAUUCCAACAUUUUGGAGAAAGGCAGUGAUGAUCACAUUCAGGAAGCUGACAAGUCAGACGCAAAUUUCCAUGACAAUGAGAAACUGGCAGUGCUUGAAGGUUCAGAUGUCAAGACAGAAAUGCUGAUAAGGAAAAAGGAGUAUCGUGUGGACCUUCUCCGUUCUGAAAGUUUGGCUUCUCUUGCACCAACUACUCUUGACCGUUUGUUCCUUCGUGAUUAUGGUAUACUUGUGUCCAUAGUGCCUCUUCCCCAUUCUUCAAUUCUUCCUAAACCUACAGGUCCAGUUCAUUUUGGUCCUCCCACAUAUUCUUCUAUGAGUCCAUGGAUGAAAUUGGUAUUAUAUUCAACUGCAGGUAGUGGGCCUCUAUCAGUUGUUCUUAUGAAAGGACAAUGUCUGCGCUUGCUUCCUGCUCCACUAACAGGUUGUGAGAAAGCCCUUAUCUGGUCUUGGGAUGGUUCCACAAUAGGAGGUUUAGGAAGGAAGCUUGAAGGAAACUUGGUGAAGGGACGUAUACUCUUGCAUUGCUUAAAUUCACUUCUUAAACAUUCAGCUGUGCUUGUGCUGCCUCUCAGUAGAUUUGAUCUUGAUCAAUCUGGAAAACUUAUUACUUUGGAUGUCCCUUUGCCUUUCAAGAACGCUGAUGGAUCAAUUGCCUCUGUAGGAAAAGAGUUAGGACUAGAUGAAGAGGAAAAUUCUAAGCUGCAUUCUUUGUUGACUAAUUUGGCAAACAAAAUGGAACUGUGGACAGUUGGUUAUGUUCGGCUAUUGAAACUAUUUAACGGAACAAAAUCAGACCACUUCUCUUCCAUAGAGAAAUAUGAAUGGGUGCCAUUGAGUGUGGAAUUCGGGAUUCCACUAUACAGUCCAACGUUGUGCAAAAGUAUCUGCGGAAGGAUAGUUUCAUCGAAGAUGCUUCAAUCUGGUUCAUUCGGUGAACACCAUGAUGCAAUGCAAAGCUUGAGGAAAAAGUUACAUGACAUUUGUGCUGAGUACAAAUCAACAGGUCCAACUGCAAAGCUUCUUUACCAGAAAGAGCAAGAUAUUGGACAACCUAUGAACCAAGCAAGGGCAACGUGGUAUCCACUUAUGGAUAUUUCUCCCGUUUCAGGGGUGGUAUUAAGCGUGCGUCAGAGAUCAUACGUAUUAACUUCUGCUCAUGAAGCUGCCACGAGACCGGUUAAAGAAACCCCUGAAGCCAAUACGAUAAAAACUGAAACAGAAGCAAAUGAUAGUAAAGAAGCAGUCCUUCCUGGUGUUAAUCUUAUUUUUGAUGGUUCUAAGUUGCUUCCAUUUGAUGUAGGAGCUUGUCUUCAAGCUCGCCAACCUAUAGCCUUAAUAGUAGAAGCAGCUGCUGCCUCAGCAUAUCGCGGACUUGGCCUAAAGGUUUUUAAGAUUUCGCUAGAUCAAGAAAUUCAGUAUCAGUUGGAGCUGUGA